AGUUUUCGAAACAGUCAAACAAGAUCAGUCUAUGCAAAUGCAGACAAGAGCUUGUCAUGCUUAAACGUUCUAAAUUUUAGAUUCAUCGAUGGGCCACGUCACUUAGAACACUUUGUUUCUCUGUGAAACAUGUACAGGAAUCUACAUGGAAGAGGCUUCGCAAGAGAAUGUGGCAGUAGAAAGGUAACUUAAUUGAAGAUAAGCUUCAGGGCAUUGCGUACCCCACAGGUCGUUUCACAGAGCAUUUAUUACCACGUAGUGUAGUUUUAUUUAUAUCACUUUUGAUUUUCGAGAUUCUGAAAAAUUCCUAUCGAUUCCGACACUUUGCAACCUUCAAAGCUUUCAGAAGAUUUUUAGCAAUAAACUGAUAAACAAUUUAUGAAGGCAAAUAUCAUAACUGACCUUAAAUUCUCUAAAGCUCUAUUAGCUUCUAGCUACAAGCUCAAUGUAGUUUUUAAUUCAAAGCUUCUGUCGCCAUUAGCUUAUGUGCUCGAUAUCUAGCAGAAGUCAUGACCAGAGUUAAUAAUAUCGAACGAAGGAAUAUUUUUUGCAACCCUCAGUAGUGAGGAGACAUAUGUUCACAUUUCUGCCUCAGUGACGAAACUAGGUCGCCGGUUUUAGUCAUGAACGCCUGUGACCAGCCAGUUCAAAUACAUACACAUAUUAUAAGUCGUAGCAUACCACCCCUUUUCUGUCUACUAAAAAGGAUGUCGGCAAGUUUAUGCUUCUCUGUUGCCCUCGCUGUUAAAAUCGUAGGUAAACGUAAAGUAUUGUGCACGUCUAAAGGCUGACACGGUUGAUAACCCAGCCGCAGUCAUUGCGCGUUUUAUAUGACACAAUACUGCUCCUUUGCCUUUUUGGCAACAACAGAUAAACAAGCAGCCCAUUCGCCGUCAAAAUAGUGAAAAAAAGCAUCCACAAGUGAAGGAAAAGCUAGUGGUCAUAUCGAUUCUGAGUGAAUACAGUCGAAUGAUGACUUACAAGGCCGAUAAAGCUAAUUGCCAUGGAGUCAAUAUGGAUUACUACAGGCAAUAUAAUUAUGACGACAGUUAGGGUGUGCUUAGUUAUCUUGCUUCUCAUAUUGAGUGUCACGCAUAUGAGAAACUUGAUAUGGUCCAUGUCUGAGUUGNCUCAGUGACGAAACUAGGUCGCCGGUUUUAGUCAUGAACGCCUGUGACCAGCCAGUUCAAAUACAUACACAUAUUAUAAGUCGUAGCAUACCACCCCUUUUCUGUCUACUAAAAAGGAUGUCGGCAAGUUUAUGCUUCUCUGUUGCCCUCGCUGUUAAAAUCGUAGGUAAACGUAAAGUAUUGUGCACGUCUAAAGGCUGACACGGUUGAUAACCCAGCCGCAGUCAUUGCGCGUUUUAUAUGACACAAUACUGCUCCUUUGCCUUUUUGGCAACAACAGAUAAACAAGCAGCCCAUUCGCCGUCAAAAUAGUGAAAAAAAGCAUCCACAAGUGAAGGAAAAGCUAGUGGUCAUAUCGAUUCUGAGUGAAUACAGUCGAAUGAUGACUUACAAGGCCGAUAAAGCUAAUUGCCAUGGAGUCAAUAUGGAUUACUACAGGCAAUAUAAUUAUGACGACAGUUAGGGUGUGCUUAGUUAUCUUGCUUCUCAUAUUGAGUGUCACGCAUAUGAGAAACUUGAUAUGGUCCAUGUCUGAGUUGUUGUAAGUUUUCUUAUCUGUUUUGUACUUCAGUGUUAACGUUGUGUUGCUUAGGUAGAUUAUUUUCAUCAUCGUAUUGUUCUCUUUGGAAAUCGAUAAACCGAUACUGAUAAACCGAUAAUGCAUAAUGCUUGGUUCUAACAAACAAUCUGGUAGUAAAUGAUUUCUGAACUUCUUAUGUACUUUCUUCCAUGCAAAAAGGAAAAGUCUUGUCUCUUGUAAUUAAACCAACUAAACUCCCUAAUAUCAGUAAAGCGGAACCCUGAGAGUUCAAAAGCUGUUCUCCUGCUAAUAAUGCGCUUGGUUAACCAACUCAUAUCGUCCACAAUCGUAAAUCUAGUUGUUGUGUUCACUAAAUACCAUCGAUAGCAAACGUGUUAAACACCCUUCUUGAAAGCAUUGGUUUUUCCUUAUAAUAGUCAUUCCAGUCAUUCUUUCCUAAUUGUCAUAUUUCUAAUUUGUACGGAUUACAAACAAUAUUCGCCAACUCCUUAACGCGUGACUUCGUUUGUAAAGUUUCAUGGUCUUGUAAUCAUGAAAAUAAAAAUAAAAAACAAAACAAAUGAAAGCAACGACGGAGCGAGUUGAUCGUUGUGGUCUGACUCACGUUUUAUCUUUCUUGCCAAUGUAGGUUAAGAAUGAAUUUCCAAGACAUGAACGUUUUCUUCUGCAUCAAAUUUGCUAAAUGGCGACUGCAGCACCUUCACCCCUGGCCAGCUCUCCAGCGAAGACAAAUGGAAACAAGCUGAGCAGGCUUCUCAUCGAUGGUGGAACAACGGUGCUGAGGAAUAUUUUCGAUCGCUAUCACCCACCUGUCAACUUGGCUUCUGAU